GACCGUGGCAGCUCCUUCGACCGCGAGUUAGCGUUCGUUGUUUUCUUUGUUUUCCCUUUUUUUUUUACCAUCUGUUCUCGCGCGAAAAGAAAAAGCCGGUCGGAGUUUCGCGCCGCGACUUCCAACGAGGAUUAAAUUGUACGUACGCUUCGUCUUCGGAUCGAAAGAGGAGGAUACGACGGUGCGUACACCUCGUAUCUGGUACGGUGGCUAUGCAGCCUCGCGAAAUCACCGCGAGGAGGUAACGCCGACGAGCACACCAGGGCACCACGGUCCACACACCUCCGCCGACCGACUACCGGCGGCGUGUAAACAUCGACACCGAACAACCACCAAACAUGUGGACCAAGAUGCUCGUGUGGACGGCCGCCGUCGUGCUUUUACCGGAACCCCGAGCGAUAAACGCCUCUGGGGUGUUCGAGUUGAGGCUGAAGUCGUUCGUGAACGAGUACGGAAAGGACAAUCUGGGCAAGUGUUGCUCCGGCAGCACGUCCAAGACGGGCGAGUGCUCGGGCGUUUGCAAAACCAGGUUCAGGGUUUGCCUGAAACAAUAUCAGGUGAAGAUCGACACGACGACGCCGUGCACGUACGGCGACGUCGUCACACCCGUUCUGGGCGAGAACAUCGUCAAUCUGAGCCCUAACGUCGCCAUGCCGAGCUUCACCAAUCCCAUCAGGUUUCCAUUCGAGUUCACGUGGCCGGGUACCUUCUCGCUGAUAGUGGAGGCUUAUCACGACGCAGACAACACGACGGACCACUCGCACGAAAAAGUACUGAUAACGAGGCUGACCACCCAGAAAUGGCUGGACGUCGGACGGAACUGGACGGAGGACGAAUACAGGAGCGCCCAUUCGAAGAUGGUGUACGAGUACAGAGUGACCUGCGUGGCGCACUAUUACGGGAAGGGUUGCGAGAACCUGUGCCGGCCGAGGGACGACAAUUUCGGCCAUUACAGCUGCAGCCCGACCGGGGAGCGCGUCUGCCUCUCUGGAUGGAAGGGCGACUACUGCAAUACCCCCCGCUGCCUGCCCGGAUGCGACGAGCAGCACGGACACUGCAAUCGACCCGACGAAUGCAUAUGCCGCGACGGCUGGAAAGGAGCGUACUGCGACCAGUGCGUGAGAUAUCCAGGCUGCCUUCACGGUAGCUGCCAGAAGCCCUGGGAGUGCCUGUGCGACGAGGGCUGGGGCGGUCUGUUCUGCAACCAGGACCUGAACUUCUGCACGAAUCACAAGCCCUGCAGGAACGGCGGCACCUGCUUCAACACCGGCCAGGGCUCGUACACCUGCUCGUGCGCGCCAGGCUUCACCGGCAUUGACUGCCAAACGCAGCUUUUGGACUGUCACUCGAAACCGUGCUUGAACGGGGGUUCCUGCACCAUGGAGCCAUCCUACGGGAACUCCAGCCAGCCGGGCGGCAGCGCCCUCGGUGUCCAGAAACCGUCAGCGGACGCGUCCGCCUCGAGGCAACAUCAUCGCGCUGGUUACCGUUGCACCUGUCCGCCUGGUUGGCGGGGUCGUCAUUGCGAGAUCAGCACGAGAUCCUGUCGAGAUUCGCCGUGCCAUCACGGGGCCAGCUGCGAGGAUGACUCGUUGCGGGGCUACGUGUGCCGGUGUCCGCCGGGUUACACGGGCAACGACUGCGAGUCCCAGCUCGACGAGUGCUCACCGAAUCCCUGCGCCAACGGCGGCAGCUGCACGGACAUCGUAAACGGAUUUCGUUGCGCCUGUCCCGCUGGUUACACGGGCAACCGGUGCGAGACGAACAUCGACGACUGCCAGGGGGAUCCGUGUCUGAACGGCGGUACGUGCGUGGACCUGGUGAAUCAGUUCCGUUGCCAGUGCGUGCCCGGUUACGUGGGUAGGCUGUGCCAGGACAAGGUGGACUACUGCUUGGCGAAACCGUGCGCGAACGGCGGACGAUGCAUCUCCGGUACGAACGACUAUCGUUGCGCGUGCAAGCCCGGCUUCACGGGCAAGGACUGUAGCGUGGACGUAGACGAGUGUCGCAGCGCGCCUUGCAAAAACGGCGGCAGCUGCAUGAACCGAGUGAACAGCUUUAUCUGCGAGUGCCCGAACGGUUGGCACGGUGACACGUGCGCGGAGGAGGUGGGCAGCGGUACGGCGAUCCUGCCCGCGGCGGCGGCGGCCAGCUCUCCGUCGAACACGCCCGCCGUCGUGCCGGCGGUGCCACCGUCGGGCGCUAGCUCCUGGUCGGGAAAUCUGUCGGGCCGCGUGGCGUCCGCGGAACCAAGGGACGCGGGAUUGACCACCGAGCACGUGGUGGUGAUAGCAACCCUCUCCACCGCGGUGCCGGCGUUCGUUCUUGUGGCGGCGGUGGCCGUGAUGUGCAUGAAGAGGCGACAGAAACGGGAGAAGGCCAAGGCGGACGAGGAGGCCAGAUUGCAGAACGAACGGAACGCGGUGCACAGCAGCAUGAGCAAGAGAAGCGGCGGUGUGAUGGGUGGUGUGGGCGGCGGCGCUGGGGUUGGCUCGACACCCGGCACCGGAGUCGGAAUUGGAAACGUCGGACUUCUCGGCGGAGGCGGUAGCGGGAUGAUCAGCGGCGGGGGCGGCGGUAGCGUCUGCACCCUGGGCACAGGGGAUGCGCACAUGAUCAAGAACACAUGGACGGCGAACAAGAGCGUGAACAACGCCGCGUCCGCCAGACAGGACGACCUCGACUCCUCGUUUCAAACCGACGUCACGCUGGACAGCACUUGCUCGGGUUACAAGCCAGAACCAGUGCUGCAGGACGGACGAACGCGAACGACCAAGCAGCUGAACACGGAGGCGGCAGCGCACAGGGCGUCCCACCUAUUCCAGAAGGAAAAGGACUGCCUGGGUCUAGGGUUGGGCAUCGGCGUCAUGGAGACCGCCAAGAGGUCGUCCGUGUUCGCGGGCAACGCGACGACGGACAGCUGUUGCGCGGCGGAGGCGGCGUUGCUCAAGAGGCCGCCGACCAGUAUCGCGGAGGGCGGCGGAGGGCCGCCGGGCAGCGGGGGCGCCACAGACUCCGGCUGCGGGGUGUACGUCAUAGACGAUCACUACAGGCACGACUCGUCGCUGGCGGCGACGCUCGCGACGGAAGUGUAGUUUCGUAAUAGAGAAAAAAACACCCGAGCCAAUCGACCCAAUGGACUCUGUG